CUCGUAGCUACUUCCUACUGAGCAGGCGUUCUGAGCGCGCAUGCGCGGUGCUUGUGUCCUGUCCCAGAUCCUGCUGAUCAGUGAACGGGGAAACGUGGAAUGUAACGGGAGCGGUUAUCUGUACCUACAGGUGAAGAUGGGCAGACGCCGGCACCCCGACCUGUACUGCGCCCCCUUCCCCCUCUACACUGUGCGCGUUCACCGAGACACAGGGACAGUGGUCACCGGCGGAGGGGGCGGAGCCUCUAAGACUGGCAUCAAGAAUGCCCUGCACUUCCUGCGGCUGGAGCGGAUCUCAGGCCGGGUCAGCGCCUCGCUGCUCCAUGCUCACGACACUGACACCAGGGCCACUAUGAGCCUGGCGCUCACCGGAGACAUGCUCGCCACCGGCCAGGACGACUGCUGCUACAUCCUCCAAUACCAGCACCGCCAGGGGGACGGGCGCAACGACCAGACCGGGGUCAAUGAUCGGGGAUCAAGGAAGAGGAAACCUUCUAAGAGUAACCCAGAGACCUCAGCGGGGGGCACCAAGAAUGAGACCCCAGAGAUCUCCCUGCACCCAGUGACAGUGGUACAGACCGACCUCAGUCCUGAUCACCUACAGAAGGCUGUGUGCUUUAGUGUGGACUCUACCAAGCUGCUGACAGGGGGAGCCGAUGGGUGCGUGCGUGUGUGGGAGUUUCCUGAAAUGAAGAAACUUUAUGAUUUCAAAGCGCAUGAAGGAGAAAUAGAAGACAUCACUGUCAGCCCUGAUAAUAAGGUGGUGACGGUCGGCCAGGAUUUCCGCUGCUGUGUCUGGGAGUCCGACCAACUUCUUUCGGAGCUGAGCUGGAAUGAAAAUCUUCCGAACAUCCCGGACAGAAUGUAUAAAUACCGGUCGUGCAGGUUCGGGAAGGUGCUGGAUCAGAAGAAAAGUCUCCGUCUCUACACAGUGCAGAUCCCUCAUAAAAGAGAACGGCGCCCCCCGCAGUGUUACAUCACCAAGUGGGACGGACACAGCUUCCUGCCGCUCCUCACCGAGCCGUGUGGUAAUGAGGUCAUCUCCUGCCUGGCAGUGAGUGACUGUGGAACGUUCCUCGGUCUUGGCUCCGUCACCGGCUCCGUUGCCAUCUACAUUUCUUAUUCUCUUCAGAAGCUGUACUACGUGCAGGAAGCGCACGGCAUUGUGGUCACUGACUUGGCCUUCAUCCCAGACUCAAAGGAAGGACGGGCUCUACGUGGCGACAAUGAGACGGCCAUGCUGAGUGUGGCGGUGGACAGCCGCUGUAAACUACACGUGCUGCCCAACAGACGAACCUACCCUGUGUGGCUGCUCUUCAUCCUGUGUGCGGUGCUGGUCAUCGGUGCCAUCAUCCUGCUCCAGUACACAUUUCCAGACUUCUUCUAGAGGUUUCACCUUAUUGGAGAUCCUGUGACAGUCCAAAACUUGACAUGUACCUGGGUGUAUCGAGGGAAGGGAGGACAUCGGGGCCUGUAUGAUGCGGUGACGUCUUGCUGGCUAGUCAGUUAUUCACACAUGACUUACUGCAUAGAGAAGAACAGAUCAUGUUCCCCUCGUCCUCACCUCCACAUUCCACGUCUUCUGCUGUGAAGAUUUGUAGUAAUUGAACCGAUAAUGAACGGUGGUGGUCGACCACGAAGAACUGAUCUUUUAUCUCUCUGAUUAUGAACCUUUCUCUAACGAUGUUGUCUCUGGAUAUGUUCUGUAGACUGAUGAGCGGCGCUCCAUGAUGGUGAUUGCCCUGUCUGUGGACCAUGCAGAGAGUGACUACGUGGCUCUCAGGCCCUGUAUCACUUCCACCCCUGCAAUGUCUUAGUAAUGGAGAUGACAACAUAAGAUGCUACUGGAGGCUGCGUCUGACUAAUAAAGUGGGGUUUUAUACUCAUUGCUUCCGCUCUCAAUGUUCAGUCCUGCAUGUUCUUCUGGGUUUUCCCAGCGGCCUUGGCAUUUACAUAGUAUGAAGACGUAAUGCUGGAGGAGCCUCGUGAGAAGCCUACAGCAUGGACAUGAUGAUGGCACACAGCACUACUACUUCUCCUACAGAUUGGAGCAUGCUUGUCUGUGAGCUUCAGGUCUAAGAAUCCAGAGCACGAUAGACACAGAUUUUAUCCAAUGUUAUGAAGUUUAUUAUUUCAUUUUCCUUUAUAAUAUUCAGAAGCCACAUUCUCCCCAUCCCCAGAGCAUCAGGAAAAAGAACCAUCUCAUCAUGACCAAAGAUCCAACACCAUCUUGGGAUCGGACGUCCACAUGUACUCAGUCUCUGCUCUCAGCCAAUAAAAAGACCUCUGGGGACGGCAAGUUGUCUCUGAA